AUGGUGCAAAGCGAAUACUAUCCCGAUGAAGUUCGAAUUCUGGUGAAAAAUCGUGAACGGCCAAUUGAGGAAUGGACGUCCAUUGAAAGGUCCAGCUCCUUGUACAGAUUAUCCCCUUUUAUAGACGAAUGGGGAAUCGUUCGAAUGGAUGGAAGAACUGCUAACGCCGUCUACGCUAAUUUCGACGCGAGAUUUCAGAUAAUUCUGCCAAAAGACAGUCCGAUUACACGACUACUACUGCAUCAUUACCAUUGUCGUUAUGGCCAUGCGAAUAAAGAAACGAUAGUGAACGAAAUUCGACAACGGUUUGAAAUUUCCUGUCUCCGCUCGGCAGUAGACAAAGCGGCAAAAAACUGCCAAAACUGCAAGAUCAAGAAGUGCAAACCCUUACCUCCCCGGAUGGCGCCAUUACCCGAGCAACGGUUGACGCCACACGUCAGACCCUUCGUUUACGUCGGCAUUGACUACAUGGGUCCAUUGGAAGUAGCGGUUGGCCGACGCAGAGAGAAGAGAUACGUCGUCGUCUUCACGUGUCUAGUAGUGCGAGCUGUUCACUUAGAAGUUUCCUAUGAUUUGUCCACCGAGUCGUGUAUUAUGGCGAUCCGGAGGUUUACACGAAGGAGAGGAUCCCCAUUGCAUAUAUUUACCGACAAUGGCACUAACUUCGUCGGUGCCAGCCGCGAGUUGAAAAGACAAAUCGAAAAGAUCGAUUCAGACUGCGCGGGAACUUUCACCGACGCCCAGACAAAGUGGUCAUUUAAUCCCCCCUCCGCACCUCACAUGGGCGGAGUGUGGGAGAGAAUGGUCCGUAGUGUUAAAGAGGCGAUGGAAUCGUUGGAUGACGGACGGAAAUUAACCGACGAGAUUCUGUGGACUACGCUCAUCGAAACGGAGUGGCUGAUAAAUGCACGACCACUCACUUACAUGCCUCAGGAGCCGACCAACCCCGAGGCAUUGACACCUAACCACUUUAUACUUAACGGUUCUUCCGGUGCUCACGAACCGCUGGAACCCUCGGCAGAUUUGGGAAAGGUGCUCCGAGGUAGCUUUCAACGCUCACAACAACUAGCAGAUGCUGCCUGGGAUCGUUGGUCGAAAGAGUACUUCCCGACAAUCAACAGAAGGACGAAAUGGCUUAGCGACGCGAGAUCUCUGAAAGUCGGAGACCUCGUAUAUAUAACGGAAGGCAGACGAAGGGCGUGGAUAAGAGGCAUCGUAGACGAAGUCAUUCGUGGUAAGGACGGCAGAAUUCGGCAAGCGAUCGUGACGACUGCGACCGGUAAACUAAAGCGACCUACCGUGAAGCUGGCUGUGAUGGAAGUCGGUGGAUCGUCGGAUCCUCCCCUUGAUCCACGGGGCGGGGGAUGUUCUGGCAGCACGGACGACGGCGAUGAGACGCUUGACCUACAGAAUCCAGUCCAAGUUUAUCGCGAUUGA